AUGUCUGACAAGGUUCGAUCUACCAAGCUAAAAUUCAAAGGCGAAAAGACAAAGAAGAAGAGGAAGAGAGAAGAUGACAGUGAGGAACGGGUGGGGAGUAGCAACAAACGCAAGCUAGACGACCAGGAUCCCGAAACAUGGGUCCUGCCCGAGAACGUGAACGAACUACGUGGCCCGACAUUCAUAAUGCAUCCCUCCGAUCCUUCACCUAUCUCAAUCAACUUCAAUUCAACGACAAACCGCGUCGUUCUUUCCUCUCUGGACAAGGACAAAUCUGAGGACUCAGAACCUGUGAGCUUGCUUGAACGGGUGCCCACAGACGUUGCUCAGGUCUGGGUCACAACACGCGUGGCUGGCUCCUCGACCAUAAAUCUACGAACCGGCACCGGGGAGGGAAAGUUUCUCUCAUGCGAUAGCCAUGGUAUUGUUUCUGCCGAUCGUGACGCGCGAGGUCCGCAAGAGGAAUGGACGCCUGUGGUUCUUCCUGAUGGUAUGCUCGCGUUCAUGAACGUGUACGAGAAGUAUCUCAGUGUGGACGAGGUUGCUGGCGGUUCCAUGCAGCUACGGGGCGAUAGCGAAGAGGUCGGCUUUGCAGAGCGUUUCUGGGUCAAAAUCCAGCACAAGUACAAGAAGGAAGCCAACGAGGAAGAGAAGAAGCGAAAGGAAGGGGUUGGGGCGCCACCGAAGAUAGACGAGGGAUCCACGAAUCAUAUUUAUCAGGCAUGGGGAGCUGGUCGUUUAGUUGUUUCCAAAGAUGACAAGAAAGAGCUGAAACGAGCAAGGAAAGAAGGACGCCUAGCGGAGGCCAUGCUAGACAGACGCUCCAAGUUAAAGAGUGAUCGUUUCUGUUGA